AGAGGUCCAACGGUUUGUGAAAAGAUUGUGAUGGUGUGCUCUUAACAACUUUAUAGAGAUUAUAGGAAACUCAAGGGCUGGCCCAGGGAAACUCGCUGGAAGAGGUGUGUGUGUUGUUUAGUUUUCACACGAUGACGCUGCAGAGGCAUGCAUAGCCAACUUCCUGCAAAGGUAAAGCACCUGGCUGGAUUUCCUGGCCUUGGAAGGACAGGUGGAGCGGUUUUGCUUUCCCCACGUCUCUCACCUGGUGCACACCUUCUUGUGUUCCAGCCGGCUGCCUGGAGAUCUGAGCUGGCAAAGCAGAUGAACGCAGAGACCUCUCCUCGGAUACGAUGCCUCCAGCAGAUCCAUAAGGUCAUCUCGAAGGCCAACGAAAUCCUUGCGGGCAUCAGCCACCCAUCUGUGUGCAGGGAGGUGCUGCUCUCCACCCCUGGAACUGCUUAUAUCUCAGGGCUGACAGAGGUCUACCGGGUCGCUAAGCGUUUAGAAGAUGGGAUGAAAGCUCGGAGACUGGCUGGCGAUCAGCUGCAACAGGCUUUGCACGACGUGGAUUUGGCCUGGAAUAAUCUCCUCUCCUUCCUCGUAUUCGGUCACUCCCAGUUCCAGAUGCUGAACUUUCAGCUUUUGGAAGCGACUGUGGGAAGGGAUCCUUGUCUGUCGGCUCCGCCCCGAGAACCCACCAUACAGGUCUGUGGAGUUUGCCUAACCGAGAUGAAGCCGGAGCCCCAGUUGCUUUCAGGAAACGCUGAUCCGGUUAUAUAUCAGGGUAGCUAUUACCAUGCCAGCUGUGCCAACUUCUGGCUCAACUGUGUGGACGCCGUUCUGCCAAGAGACCUGAUCCUUCCCCCCGUCUCCAUGUUUUCGUAUGAGUGACAGAUACCCGUUUUCCUGGAUGCUGCAAAUGACGUACAGUCGCUCCUGGCAGCCAUGCCCUUUCUGGCUGAAAAUAGAACAGAUUCGUUUCUUAAGUCAAGAACGGAGCACUUUGGCCGGUCCAGGGGGGACCAUGGUCUGCUCCGGCAUGCCUUGAAUGACAGGAUGGAAGUUCAGAAGGAAGUUGGAAGGAAAGAAAGAAGGAAGGAAUGAAGGAACUGGAGGUCUACCCAAUUUUGAAAAACCAAUAUUUUUCAGUGUUGAGUGAUGUGGGGCGAAUUGCUGUCCAUUAAAAAUCUUUACCACUACUGCUGAAG